CAACGCAACUUCCGGUUCGGUCGAGCGCCAUCCUAAGCCAACUCCAGCGUGGCUCCUGAGUCCCGCACUCUGCCCUCGGGUGGGGGCCACCGGGAGCGCGUUGCGGCCGAACCUGGGGGACCAUGUGGCGGCUGCUGACCCGCGCCGGUGCGCCGCUCCUGCGAGGGCAGCUGCCAGAUUCGUGGGCAGCCCCGCCUGCCAGUGCCGGCCUGAAGACGCUGCUCCCGGUGCCGACUUUUGAAGAUGUUUCCAUUCCUGAGAAGCCCAAGCUUAGAUUUGUAGAAAGGGUACCACUUGUGCCAAAAGUGAGAAGAGAACGGAAAAACCUGAGUGACAUACGGGGACCUUCCACUGAAGCCACUGAAUUCACAGAAGGCAGUUUUGCAAUCCUGGCACUGGGUGGCGGUUACCUCCAUUGGGGCCAUUUUGAAAUGAUGCGUCUGACUAUCAACCGCUCAAUGGACCCCAAGAAAAUGUUUGCCUUAUGGCGAGUGCCAGCCCCUUUCAAGCCUAUCACCCGCAAGAGUAUGGGACAGCGCAUGGGGGGAGGCAAAGGUGCCAUUGAUCACUACGUGACUCCUGUGAAGGCUGGCCGUCUCAUAGUAGAAAUGGGUGGGCGUUGUGAAUUCAAAGAGAUACAAGGUUUCCUCGACCAGGCUGCCCACAAGUUGCCCUUCCCCGCAAAGGCCGUGAGCCGUGAGACUCUAGAGAAGAUGCGGAAAGACCAGGAAGAACGAGAAAGUAACAACCAAAACCCCUGGACCUUCGAGCGCAUAGCCACCGCCAACAUGCUCGGGAUACGGAAAGUACUAAGCCCCUAUGACUUAACCCAGAAGGGGAAAUACUGGGGCAAGUUCUACCUGCCUGAGCGGGUGUAGUGAAAAGGUGAGAAAUGCGUGUACACAUGCUGUUGAGAGACAAGGGGUCUGUGUGUUUAGUCCUCUCAGCCUACCCUUCAGCAUCCUUGAGCAGCUCUGAUGUCAUAACCAAGGAGCAGCACAUGAGUAGAUGAUUUCUAAACAAUUGUUUAUCUGUUGAUUUCUCUUUAUAUGCGUUAUAUUCUUAUUUAAAUAAAGUUUGAGCAUCACCUCAGCA